AUGGAACGGCUUGGUGAAGAAAUGUCUAUGCCUGAUAUACUGCGGAUUACAAGGGAGGUCUUUUCAAAACUUCCCGACGACGAAUCCUGGCUUCCAAAGUAUAUCGAAAGAAACCUUCGGCAGUCAUUGGGGUCUAACAAGUCAGACUUCGAUCUGGACGAACUUUAUAAUGCGCUCCGUCAGGAUCAUUUUUUCGAUAAUACUGUGACAAAAAUGAUGCUCGAGAUACUCCUUCGUUCCCAGGAAAUCACCUCACAGGACGGGAAGAAGCACUGCGAGCAGAUACACAGCCAUGAGAACGGACAGUGCGCAGAAGAGUCGCCCGACCGAAAUUCCGCUUCUGUGGAGGCUGUUGCCGAUGAGGCUGUUGCUACUGAUGAGCCGGUUGCUGCCGAUGAGCCUGUUGCUGCCGAUGAGCCUCCUGCUGUUAUUGACGAGCCUGUUGCUACUGAUGAGCCUGUUGCUGCCGAUGAGCCUCCUGCUGUUAUUGACGAGCCUGUUGCUACUGAUGAGCCUGUUGCUGCCGAUGAGCCCGUUGCUACUGAUGAGCCUGCUGCUACUGAUGAGCCUGUUGCUACUGAUGAGCCCGUUGCUGCCGAUGAGCCUCCUGCUGUUAUUGACGAGCCUGUUGCUACUGAUGAGCCUGUUGCUGCCGAUGAGCCUCCUGCUGUUAUUGACGAGCCUGUUGCUACUGAUGAGCCUGUUGCUGCCGAUGAGCCCGUUGCUACUGAUGAGCCUGCUCCUACUGAUGAGCCUGCUGCUACUGAUGAGCCUGCUGCUACUGAUGAGCCUGUUGCUACUGAUGAGCCCGUUGCUGCCGAUGAGCCUCCUGCUGUUAUUGACGAGCCUGUUGCUACUGAUGAGCCUGUUGCUGCCGAUGAGCCUCCUGCUGUUAUUGACGAGCCUGUUGCUACUGAUGAGCCUGCUCCUACUGAUGAGCCUGCUGCUACUGAUGAGCCUGUUGCUACUGAUGAGCCCGUUGCUGCCGAUGAGCCUCCUGCUGUUAUUGACGAGCCUGCUGCCAAUGAGGAUUUGCCGGAUAAAUUCCUCCCGACUAAAGUCUCGCUUGUGGAUGUGGCUCUAUACAAGAACUGGAAAAGCAUGUCCUCUAAGAAGAGGGCAAAACGAACGCGAAUUCUUGUAGCAAAGGGUCUUCCAAUCCCAGAGGAAGACGGCCUAGUUUCCAUCUUCGUGGUGUGA